AUGGCUCCCUCAUCCAACUCGUCGUAUCGGACAAUGCCAUUUCGACGUACUCAACUCUCGCCAAUCCAGCAAUAUAUUAUGGGCAUGCCUUGGAGGGACAUAUUCCAAAGAGUUCCCGGUGUUAUCUUAAUCUCAUUAGUCAUAUUUGCCAUUUUCGGACCUGCUUACACGCCAAUUCUAUAUUGCAUAUACUUUGUCGGCCUAAACUUUAACUUUUUGUUAAACAACAUACGCACUGCAUAUGGUGUCUACAUUGGAAAUAAGCAUGCCAGAGAGCACUCUUGCACGGACUGGCUGAAAAAGUAUUGUGACGAAACUGGAACUGUAGAUGGAAUGGACACUAGACACGAUCUGCCCUAUGAUACGAUAGUACAUGUAAUAAUCCUGCCAAACUACAAGGAAGAAAUGGAAACCUUGUGUGAGACUCUGGAUGUCCUCGCAUCCCAUACUCGUGCCUUGACCCAAUACAAGAUUUGUUUGGCAAUGGAGGAGUCAGAGCAUAAUUCUCGACAAAAGGCUCAUACGUUAAAGAAGCUGUAUGGUGACUUCUUUUAUGAGAUUGUGCAUACUAUACAUCCAGUUGGUUUGGAGGGUGAAAUCCGCGGCAAAUCUAGUAAUGUCGCUUGGGCUUCUAGUCAGAUGGCCAAGGUCUCUAGUCGACAUGAACAUGAGUUGCUUACUGUCAUGGAUGCUGAUACUUGCUUCUCAGAAGACUACUUUGCAUCCAUUACAUACCAUUAUUGUGUGGCCUCACCGGAACAACGAAGAAUCAUGAUGUUUGCUCCAUCGACCAUCUUCGAUCGAAAUGCCAAGGACGUACCCGUCUUUGUCAGAAUCACCGACAUUAUGUGGUCGAUUGGUGUAAUGUCCAACCUAUAUCCAGGAUCGCCGAUAAAGAUCCCAUGCUCAGCGUACUCAAUAUCCAUGGACUUGUGCAUAUCGGUCAACUUCUGGGAUGCUGGUCCAGAAGCCAUAGGAGAAGACAUGCACAUGUACUUAAAGUCAUUCUUCUGCACAUCAGGACAAUUAAUCGUAAAGUCAAUCUUCUCGCCCGCUUCCCAAUGUAAUAUUGAAGGAGUUGGUACUGGACUCUCGGGCUUUGUCAGCUAUAUGCAGGCACGAUAUACUCAGGGCAAACGACACUUAUGGGGAUCACUCGAUACCGGAUACAGUCUGAGACGCAUCUUGCAUGUCAUGGUUGCGCCAGAAAGUGAUUUACAAUUGUUGCACCUCAAGAAUGUUGGUGUUGACAAAAUCGGUGACAAGGAUGGCGACCAAACCAGUAUCGGUUUACAAAAACAAUUAAUGACUGUUGCUACACUAUUCCAUCGAUUGGGCGAGGCCCAUUUAUUUAUUGGACAUCUAGUCUUUAUGAUUAUAGUUAGUCAGCUCCUCAUUCCAGGCCAAAACCCAAUACCGUGGUGGGAAGAUAAAAGUGCUUUCUUAUGGUCGUCUAUAACCUCGGCACCACUACACCCAUAUGUAGAGACCUCGCUUAUGAUCGGCUUUUGGAUUCGACUCUCAUGUCUCAUUCCAAAUAUUGCUAUGAUCUGGUAUUACGAGAAGUACCAUGCAUGGGUUGGGUUUGAGAGAUGGGCACUGCAAGCUCAACAGCUAAGAGAAGCUGCUCUUAAUGGAAAUGCCGUACGAGGCUAUAACAUAAAUCACACUCCUAGCACCGAUAGUAAGACCGUCCGAGUACAACCCUUGGGAAUGCGACCGUCCCUGUGCUCACUACGACAAUAUCCCAGCUCUCUCUUUGACUGGCUUGGAGUACCUGUAUCAGGAUUCGCCUUUUACCUCUGCCCACAAUUCCAUGCCCAAAUAUCACAGCUCUUCACCGACCGUCUAGACUACAAAGUAGCUGCCAAACCAACUCUCAACCGAGUGCCGACUGCCCUUGUACCAUUAUCCGAAGUAGCCAUAUCUGCUGCUGCCGCUGCUGCCAUCCACACACCAACCACCCCAACAUCACCGCAAAGCGACAUCAUAUCACCAAGGAUGUACUCGAAUGAGACUCUGGUAUCUGCUGCUGAUGAUGAAGUGAAAUCUACAUCGUCUAAGGGCGAUGAGGGUUACUUUGAAGACUUGGACGAUAAUGCUUCAGGGCAUUUAAGCUUUGCCGAGUCGAGAAAUGGUAGUAGGUUAAUAGUAUAG